AUGCAUGCUCCAUGGACUAUCGCUCUCCUCAUGCUGGGUAGCCAGUUAAUCGGCGCGAGUACUACCACCGACGCAUCCUGCGGUACCUGUCAAGCCGGCUACACUUGCAAAGACGGGACAUGUGUCCUAGACACGGCCCGAUUGACUGGCAACCCUCUCCCAAUAAUCACAUCCGAUAACCCCGGCGGCCCGAUCAAGACGACUGGCAUGUCUGCGACCACAGAUGCUACCAGCACAGGCGAAGCGAAGACGACUAGUGCUGCGACGGGCGGUGCGACAUCCAGCACCGGCGAAACAAAAUCUACGUCUAUGACUGAGAUGCAUUCAUCCUCGCCGUCGAUGACUUCGCAGGUUAUGUCGACUGGUUCGCCUUCUUCGUCUUCCUCUGCUGGGGCGGCGGCGUCGACGAGUUCGGGGGCGGCCGGUUCGCUUUCGAUGGAUUGGGACUCGUGGGUGGCGUGGGGAUUUGCUUGGGCUAUUGGAUUGCCGUUUGUUGUUUGA